CCUGAUACCCCCUUCCCCUCUGUUUACAGCAAAGCUUCGAGGCGCACCAAGAUGAGGCGGUGAGCGUGACACACAUGGUGAGAGCCGGCAGCGGCGUCUGGAUGGCCUUCUCCUCUGGCUCCUCCAUCCGCCUCUUUCACACUGAGACCCUGGAGCAUCUCCAAGAGAUCAACAUUGCCACCAGGACUACUUUCCUCCUGCCAGGCCAGAAGCACCUGUGUGUAACCAGCCUCCUUAUCUGCCAGGGUUUGCUCUGGGUAGGCACUGAUCAAGGUGUCAUUGUCUUGUUGCCUGUGCCCCGGCUGGAGGGCAUCCCUAAGAUAACAGGGAAAGGCAUGGUGUCUCUCAAUGGUCAUUGUGGACCUGUGGCCUUUCUAGCUGUGGCCAUGAGCAUCUUGGCCCCUGACAUCCUGAGGAGUGACCAGGAAGAGGCUGAGGGGCCUCAGGCUGAGGAGGACAAGUCAGAUGGGCAGGCUCACGAACCAGUGCCUGCACCUGAUAGCCACACAGGCCGAGAACUGACCCGCAAGAAAGGCAUACUGCUUCAAUACCGCCUGCGCUCCACAGCUCACCUCCCCGGGCCCCUGCUGUCGGUGCGGGAGCCAGCACCCACUGAUGGCUCGGCUCUGGAGCACAGUGAGGAGGAUGGUUCCAUCUAUGAGAUGGCCGACGACCCCGAUGUCUGGGUACGAAGCCGGCCCUGUGCCCGUGAUGCCCAUCGCAAAGAGAUCUGUUCUGUGGCCAUCAUCUCCGGUGGGCAAGGCUACCGCCACUUUGGCAGUGCUCCAGGUGGCCUGAGUGGGCGGCCAGCCCCAUGUAGCGAGACAGACAGCACACUUCUUAUCUGGCAGGUGCCCUUGGCUCUAUAGCUCUCCACCCUGUCAAUCUGGAGGUCACAGGGCAGCUGGACCACUGCAGACAUGCAGACCCUUUUUGGCCCACCUGGGUUCCCCUCAGGGACCUGUACAAGCCACAAGACAGGCCUGGAUUCUCCACUGAGGCCUUGAAGAGCAGAGAAACCUCUGCAAACAAAAAUUCAGAAUGUUUUGGGGAGGGUUUUAGGGUCUUGGGGAAUGGAAGGACACACUUGGAGAAUAUGGCCUUUUUGUUUUGUUUUGUUUUGGAAGCAAAAAACAUAAAACCUCACCACUGCCUGCUGAACCUAGAACCUUUUGUCAGGGCUGAGUGAGGCUCGGAGGUGGCCGUGCCCCUCCAGGAAGGAUGUAUGUGUGAGUGUCUGAGCAUGUGGGCUAGCGUGUGAAUAUAUAUAUGAAUACGAAUAUACAAUGUAUAUUAUUAUGUGUAUAAAUACAAUCUGUACAUAAUGGGUCUCUGGGAGAUGCUGGAAUAAAAGGCAAGAGAUAUGUGG